AUGUCCUUCUGCCUUCCAGAGGCGUUCGCUGUCCCUAAGCUGACCGUGCAUCCUGAGGGACAGCUAGUUGAUGGCCAAUGGUUUAAGCUGGUGUGCUUGGUUGAAGAGAAUCUCUCUGAAGCUUCCUUGCGGUACGGCUUUUACAGAAAUGGGAUCCCUCUCCAGUCUCCGUCCCACCACAGCGAUUACAUCUCUGAGUCAGCUUGUCUGGCUGACUCGGGUCCUUCCCAUUGCAAAGUUACGGGCAGUAAAGUGCGGAAAUGCAGUAAUCAGCUCCAUUUGUCCAUCAGGCGAAUUCCAGUGUCAAAACCAGAACUAAUAAUUCAACCCAGAAAGAAGCUAAUCGAAGGAGAUGCAGGAUUCUUAAUCUGUUCAGUCUCCAAUGGUUCUCUGCCGAUUUAUUACCAAUUCUACAAGGGCUCAAGCAUGAAACUGUACUGGGAACUUUCCAACAGUACCAAGCUUGUUUACAACAUUGAAGGCAUCAGCAGAAGGGACAAAGGGAUGUACCAUUGCUCGGUGAGAAAUGAGGUGACAGGCCCUCUGCACAGUGAAGAAGUGGAGAUCAUAGUGAUAGUUCCUGUCACAGAUGCUGUGCUGAUAUCCCGCACCAACGGGACUGAGAUACAGCCCGGGGACCGCCUUGUUCUCCGGUGCCUGGUGAGGGAAGGCACUGAGCCCCAGUUCAUUUGGUGCCGUGACAACGUGCCGCUAAGAAACGGCAGUGCGAGCUCCCAUGUGACUGCCGAUGGUGGUGAGCUCGUUGUUCAUUCAUUCCGGAGAGACAAUGUCGGGAGCUAUCACUGUGCUGCGAUCAACGACGGAACCAACGGCACCAUUUUUAACGUGAACAGCGACUAUAUCGAAUUCACGCUGCGAGCUCGGAGUUUUUCCAAGGAGAUCGCGGCCUCGCUCGUCCCAGUUUUGCUGUUCGGCGGCCUGAUCGAGUCGGUGUGGUUCAUCCACCGGAGGAGGGACACAGGCAAUUCCUCAACUGUGUCACAGCCCAAGAGAUCCCAAGCUUCUGGUGAAGGGGCAGCAGCCGGCAAUCUGGAGUAUGCAGUAAUCGGAGCAGCACACAAUGCUGGUGAGUGCCAUUGAAUCGGUGUGAUUAAAGAGCCCCACACAGUGACGGUGCACCAUAACCUGGGAGGAAUUCUGGACAAACGUCCGAGCUGUCA